AUGAACGUUUUUAAGGACACUACAGGCAAAAAUGUAACGGUGGAAGAAGGCGAAGCCGCAAUUUUUGACCUACCGGAUAUAGAAUCCACCCCGCCGCCCGAUGUGACGUGGCAAACUGACGAGGGUGGUUUACCCUACGCCCAAAAAUACGCCAAAUCGAAAAACAAUCAACUCAUCAUCUUAUCCACUGACCUAACUGACCAAAGAGCAUACAGGGCGGUUGCAAUAAACACCCAGGAGGGUAACAAGUUCAACAGCCCUUUCAUCAAGCUGAAUGUGAUCGAAAGCAACUCUGCCAAAGAAAUAGAACCUAAAAUAAUUGUAGGACCCGAUGAUAUGGAGAUCGUACGCGGUACAGCGCAGGCGAGUCUGGACUGUAUAGCGAACGCAAAACCGUUACAUGAAUUGGAGACGCUAUGGUACAAAGAUGGCAUCCUCAUAGAUGACGCUGUGAUCGCCUACGCUCUCAGCGAUCCCUGGAACAGGAGCCUGGCCCUAGUAUCCGUAAACACCACCCACAGCGGCCAAUACGAAUGCAGGGUCACAAUGAGAUCAGGUGGUUACCCUACAGUCUCAGCUUUCGCUCAAAUAUCAGUCCUGGAGAAGCCUAGGACCAUCAGCACCCUCAAAGCUGAAACGCUGGCCGAAUACGGAACGCCUGUCACUCUAACCUGCGACGUUGUCGGACUUCCCAAGCCUAACGUCACCUGGUAUAUGAACAGCGUUGCCAUUGACUUGAAUAGCAAGAGGUUUGCGCUGCAGGAAGACAAUUCUCUGCUGAUAAAGAGAUUGAAGAUAAGUGAUAAUGGGAUGUAUCAAUGUUUUGCGACGAAUCCUGCUGGAGAAUGUUCUUUAUCCACUUGGCUCAGGGUUAAAACAUCUACACCUGUGAUGGAGACUUAUCCACAAAAUGUAACUGUUCUUGAUGGCAAGGAUGCCAAUUUAAAUUGUAGAGCUGUUGGAGCACCUACUCCUAACAUCACAUGGAUUUUUGAUGAAAAUGACGUUAUAGAACCUUCAUCAAGAGUCCAAAUAUUAGAAUCAGGAGAUCUUUUGAUUGUGUCCGUUAAGGAGACAGAUGCUGGACAUUACACAUGCAUAAGAAGCAACGAGGCUGGAACAGUAAAAGGUUCUGCUUAUCUCAGCGUUUUAGUGAGAACACAAAUCAUAAAACCUCCAGUUGACACAAGUGUGUUACUUGGCCACACUGCAACGUUACAGUGCAAAGUGUCAACAGAUCCAGCUGUACCCUACCGUUUACUGUGGUUCCACGACAACAGACUCAUAAAUCCAAUGCUAACAUCCAGAGUGAAUAUCUUGGAAGAUGGCACUUUGGAGAUACAGGCUGUUAGAGCUGCAGACGUUGGUGAAUACACUUGCAGCGUGACAUCAGCUGGUGGUAAUGACACCCGCUCUGGUAGCUUGAAGGUGGUAGAACUGCCUUUUCCACCGAACAACGUCAAAGCUGAACGACUGGAUUAUCAAAUGAAGAGAGUGGUGAAUGUCAGCUGGACUCCAGGUUUUGACGGUAACAGUGCAAUAAAACAGUAUGUUAUCCAAAGAAGAGAGGUACCUGAAUUCGUACCUCCGAUUGUAGGUCCAAUACCAGACCCACUCAUGAACUGGGUUACUGAGAUAAGUAACCUUUCCGCCAGCCAAAGGUGGGUGUUGCUAGAAAAUUUGAAAGCCGCCGCUUCUUAUCAGUUUAGAGUUAGCGCUAUCAAUAGUGUAGGAGAGGGGAGCCCUAGUGACCCCAGCAAUAUGAUCAAAUUGCCACAAGAAGCACCUUCUGGUCCACCAGUUGGUUUUGUCGGAUCUGCUCGAAGCUCAUCAGAAAUAAUAACUCAGUGGCAACCACCACUAGAAGAACACCGUAACGGUCAAAUUUUAGGGUAUAUUAUACGUUAUCGCUUGUAUGGUUAUAACAAGAGCCCUUGGACAAUAAGAAACAUUACUAAUGAGGCUCAAAGAAACUAUUUAAUUCCUGAUCUAAUCACUUGGAAGGAUUACGUUAUAGAAAUAGCUGCUUACAACAAUAAAGGAGUGGGCGUGUUUACCAAAGGUGUCAAAAUAAAAACCAAAGAGGGCGUUCCCGAAGCUCCGCCCAAAAUCGAUAAGGUUAUACCUGUCAAUUCUACGGCUGUUCAAAUAUGGUGGGAUCCCCCAGAUCCACAGAAGAUCAACGGUAUCAAUCAAGGGUAUAAAAUUCAAGCAUGGCAUUAUAAUGAAAUGAGGGAAACUUACACAGAGAAGAAAAUGAUGACUGUACAUCCAAACCUGUUGGAUCCUUACGCUCAACAAACUGUGAUAAUGAACGGUUUGAAAAAAUUCACCGAAUACAACAUCACAGUACUUUGUUUCACCGAUCCAGGAGAUGGUGAGAUCAGUCAGUAUGUUUACAUUAAGACAAAGGAAGAUGUUCCUGGUGAAGUGGCAAGCUUGCAAUUCGAUGAAAUUAGUGACAGAUACGUCAAUGUCAUAUGGUCACCACCUAAAGAACCCAACGGUAUCCUAACCUCAUACCAAAUAACUUAUCACGUUAGAGAUAAGCCGGAAACUGUAAAAAUGCUGAAUCUGUCAUCGGAUACAUUGAAUAUUGGCAUUAAUGAUCUUCAGGCUAUGACACACUAUCGGUUCGAGGUGACUGCUUCAACAAGAGUUGGUAUGGGGCCACCGAAAAUAGCAACAAUACAGUCUGGAGUGGAGCCUGUACUGCCUCAACCUCCGACCAAACUGGCACUUUCUAAUAUCGAAGCUUUUUCGGUUGUCCUUCAGUUCACCCCAGGGUUUGAUGGAAAUUCUUCGAUCACAAAGUGGACGGUGGAAGCUCAAACAACGAGGAAUGUCAGUUGGUUCGUGAUGUUUGAGGUUUCGGACCCCGAUGCCAAGUCUAUAACAGUGACCGGUCUGGUACCAUUCACUCAGUACAGACUACGGUUGAUAGCCAACAACGUUGUUGGGCAUUCUCAGCCAUCCGAAUCGUCUAAAGAAUUCCAGACUAUCCAAGCACCACCUGCGUUCCCUCCUAAAAAUGUAACAGUCAGGGCUAUAAGUGCCACAGAGUUGAGAGUCAGAUGGAUUCCAUUACAACAGAUCGAAUGGUUCGGUAACCCUAGAGGUUAUAACAUAACCUUGAUAGAAGUGUCAUCCGGUAAAUCUAGAAGUGCUUCAAUCGACGAUCACACAGCUAACUCACACGUGGUGACGAAUCUUGAGGAAUACGAGCUCUACGAGAUCUCUAUGCAGGCUUGUAAUGAUGUAGGCUGUUCGAAAUCGAGUCAGAGGGCUUUGGAAAGAACUAGAGAAUCAGUACCUUCAUUUGGACCGAUGAACGUAGAAGCCAACUCGACAUCUUCAACGACAAUUGUGGUGAAGUGGGGUGAUGUGCCGAAAGAACAUCAGAACGGUCUCAUCGAAGGUUUCAAAGUGUAUUACGCUGCCGAUAAGGCGCCAGCCCAGUACAAGCAAAUUGCUGGCAACUCUACCUUUACCACUACCCUUACGGAGCUCAAGAAGUUUGUACAAUAUCGGAUUCAGGUACUGGCUUACACGAGGUUGGGUGACGGUGAACCCAGCAAACCGGCCAUUGGUGUUCGAACUUUUGAAGAUGUCCCUGGAGUGCCAUCCAAUGUGUCUUUCCCUGAUGUGUCUCUGUCAUCGGCUCGAAUAAUAUGGGACAUACCUGAAGAACCUAAUGGAAAGAUAUUAGGUUACAAAGUGACCUACCACAUAGAUAAUUCUAAUGGCAAUAACCGGUACUCUAAAGAGUUCGAACCUUACAUUAGAACCUUUACUGCCACUCAGUUGGAACAAGAACAAUACUACUUAUUCUCGGUAACGGCUCGUACAAGACUUGGCUAUGGUAAAACAGCCAAAGCUAUCGUCUAUACCACGAACAACAGGGAACCUCCACAACCUCCCUCUACACCUCAAAUCAGCAGGAGUCAGAUCCAGAGCAAGCAGAUCACUUUCAGUUGGACACCUGGUAGAGAUGGGUUUGCCCCUCUCAGGUAUUAUAUUGUGCAAAAGUCAGAGAACGGAGGACCUUGGCAGACGUUACCUGAAAGAAUAGAUCCUCAGUUGACCUCUUAUACUGUAUCUGACCUCAAACCGUUUACGGCCUACAAAUUUAGAAUACAGGCUACCAACGAUAUAGGCCCCAGUGGUUUCAGUCAUGAGUCUAGCGACGUGAGGACAUAUCCAGCUGCACCUAGUAGAGGAGUAACAGGAGUAAAAGUGGUCCCAAUUACAACAACAAGUGUCAAAGUUUUCUGGUUAACUGUAGAAAAUGAAUAUUGGAGCGGAGACACCAAAACAGGAGGUUAUAGAGUCGUUUUUCAACCAGUAUCGGACUACCCCACAGCUCUUCAGGCCACGCCCAAAGAGGAAGUGAUGGGCAUUGAGUCAAGCGAAAUCGUCCUGCAAGAUCUGCUACAAGAUAGAAACUAUGAGAUUGUUGUUAUUCCUUUCAAUUCUCAAGGAGAAGGACCAGCAAGUCCACCGGUUACAGUGUAUGUCGGUGAGGCUGUUCCAACCGGUGAACCUAGGGUUCUAGAAGGUGAGGCUAUAUCCUCCACCGAAGUUAAGCUACGAUGGAAAGCACCACAGCAGCAAAUGCAGAAUGGAGAGCUUUUAGGUUAUAAGAUUUUCUACUUGGUAACUUUCUCUCCGCAAAAAUUUGAGAACGGAACCAAGUUCGAAGAAGAAACUGAAGUUGUUCCUGCUUCUACGACAUCUCACAGUUUGGUGUUCCUAGACAAAUAUACUGAGUACAGAAUCCAGGUAUUGGCUUUCAAUCCAGCAGGUGACGGCCCCCGUUCCAAAGCCAUCACUGUUAAAACUCUUCAAGGCAUUCCAGGACCUCCGGAUAACCUCACUUUUUCCGAAAUAACCAUGAACAGUCUUGUGGUUUCUUGGGAACCACCCAGGAAACCUAACGGAGACAUCGUAGGUUAUGUAGUGACUUAUGUAACCACAGAAGAGAACGAUCGUUUUAGUAAGUUGGUUAAACAAAAAGUCACUUCCACAUAUCUUCACAUACAGUCUCUGGAAGAAGGCAUCACUUACACUUUUACCGUAAGAGCUGAAACCAUCGACUACGGUCCACCUAUUUCGAGUAAUGUAACCACUGGACCACAAGAGGGCUCUCCAGGUGCUCCGAAAGAGCUAGCCUUGGUUAAGACACCCACAAAUAUCGAGUUGCACUGGUUGAACGGCCCAACUGGAAAAGGCCCCAUCCUCGGAUACUACAUCGAGUCCAGGAAGAAAGAUGAUACCAUGUGGCAGCUUGUCGCGAAGACAACCAACGGCCCCCUCGUAGAUUUUGCCAUAUCUUAUCAAAGUCUGAUCGCUUCCACAUUCUACAAUUUCCGAGUAAUACCCUACAAUCGUUUCGGUAUCAGUUAUCCUGCAACUACGGAAGAACUUGUCCUGACCCCUUCCAAGCUGUACAUGGAAUACGGUUAUCUGAAGUACCAACCGUUUUACAGGACCACCUGGUUUAUGGUCAUUUUGGCCGCUUUGUCUGUGAUCAUCAUCAUCAUGGUCAUAGCAAUACUUUGCGUUAAGAGCAAGAGUUACAAAUAUAAACAAGAGGCGCAGCGCACCCUGGAGGAAUCCAUGGCUAUGUCGAUCGGCGACCACCAGGAGCUGGCCAUGGACUACUACAGAGCUCGCAACGGCAACGCCAACAUCACCACGCUAAGCAACAUGAGCAAGCGGAGCACUCUGACCCGUAAACCGCCACAACCGCCUCCUGCCAUGCUCAGCAAAUCCCCUCCCAGGCCCUCUCCAGCUUCUGUGCCCUACGACUCGGACGAGGGCAGCCUCAAAGGCUACGAUGAGAACCCGGACGACAGCAGCGUCACGGAGAAGCCGUCUGAGAUAAGUUCCUCCGAUUCGCAGGAAUCUGAGAGCGAAAACGAUAGCGUAAGAUCGGAUCCUCACUCCUUUGUCAACCACUACGCAAACGUCAACGACACCCUGAGACAGUCGUGGAAAAAACAGAAACCUAUGAGGAACUAUUCGAGUUAUACAGACUCCGAGCCUGAGGGUAGUGCAGUAGUGAGUUUGAACGGGGGCCAGAUAAUAAUGAACAAUAUGGCAAGAUCUAGAGCGCCAUUGCCUGGAUUCUCCUCGUUUGUGUAGCAUUAAGACUCGCUGUGUCAUCCUAGCCUAGGUAAACGGAACAGUCAAUUUUAAGAUUCUGUGAAUGCAUUUAUUUUAACUGAUACCUUUUUUUAUUCGAGACAAGGUCACUUUUUUUUAAACUGAGGUAGCUUUAAACUCUUUUUUGGGGUGCAAUAAAAUUCGAUCGCAAAUUUGGAGGUUAUAGUGGAAUGACGUAUGUGUCACAUCAAUUUUCAUUCGAUCAUAGAGCGUAACCUCAAAAGUUUUAUACCCUCUGUUGAACUGGACCCUUUUGAAAGUGAGGGGUAUGUUCGAAAACUGAUUGGUUGUAAUUGAAGAUUAUGAAAUUUAUUUCAUUACUGAGAAACGCUUUCCUGUCAAUAAUUGUACAUUAUUUUGUGGCAUCAUUAUUGAGCGAAGUUGAGGUGGUAAAACUCGAAAUUAUAUCUGGUGCAAUUUGCUCCCCUUUCGUAUAAUUUUGAGUUUGUAUUUUUUAAUUUUCUCGAAGACUGUAUAUACGUAUUUUUUUUAUCCGCUGAGUAAUAUACGUAAUUGAUUAAUCUCAACUAUUUUCCCGUGAGACGUGCAUUUAUUAUUUGAGUAAAUGAUUGAACAAUACAAACAUUAUAAUGUAAGUUUAAGAGAUGCCAAAUUUCAUCGAUAGAGAAUUUGUUAGAUAUCUGUAGAAAUUUUAAGAUAAUUCCUAUUUAGAUUGUUGAUACAUUGAACCAAGGUGUCUUAAAAUGAAAUUUAUAUAACACGUUUAAAUCGAUUUACCGUUUUCAAGAUCUCUUAUUCUUUUUUUUAUUCUUUCGAAGGUUAUUUCGCUUAAACGUGUUAUAUGAAGCAUAAGCUUAGAGUGUGUUCUUCGCUGUCUUUCACCAAAUAGCUUCAUUGGCUGCUAAGAAAAUUUGAUAAGUAUAUUUAUCAAAUUGAGCAAUAAUGAAGAAGUUGAAACUUUUUCAUCAUAUUCGAAAAACUUCAUAUUUAAAAGAGGAAGUUUAGGGUUUAUUUGAAUGAGUGUCGAAUUCUUAAACUCCUCAUCCCUAUCAUUCACAAUUAUAGACAAAUAUGAUAAAUGAAACUAUAUUGAACAAAAUUGUUAACAUUUUCUUCUAUUUUAUUCAAGCUUGAAUAUUUAGAAGAAAAUUACAAAAUAUUCCAUUAGUUUUCAAUAUAACAAUUUCCAAUCAUCAUAAAUAGUGCCAUCGAUGUUCAGUUUUCAUUCAUAUUCUUAAAAUUUGACCAAUGGUGCAGUGGUAGGAGUUUAGUGGAAAAUUUGUGACUUUUGUUCCUUUCCCUUCAAUAUUUGAAGGGGAUAGGACAAAACUUUCUUAUGUACUGAUUGAUGAUUAUAUCACUGCCUUUAUUUAUUGUAAAUAUUACUUGUAAAAUAAAUCUGUGAUUACUUCGACUGUA